CUCUCUGGCAUCUGUAAUACUACUCCUGGAAAGUGGGGAGUGCAAAACAUGCUUAUGAAACCAGUGGGACUUGAAAAAAAAAACAAUGCAUGCAUAGAAUUAGGCUGUGUUUUUUGUUUGUUUUUAAUAUUAUCCUCCUGGUGAUAUGAAUAUUGAACACCUGAGUCCUCCUUGGGUAAAGAACCUGAGUUCAGGAAUGCAAACACUAGCCAUGUAUUUAUAGAGCACGUGGAGUGGGCUGAAGUCAAGUCCUUCUCGUAUAGAGUCCAUAGAAACAACCUUGGGAGUCUGUGAUCUCUACUGCAAGCUGAAAGCAAGUAGACAGUGUCAAAAUGACUUCCCUGCUGCAGGAGAAACUCUAUGAAGCUCACACUCAGGCACCUCCUCCCAGCAAAGACUUCCAUCACUUGACCAUCACAAAAAAUGAGGUUAUCUGGCAGUCCUGGAGGAUUACAUUUCGACCAGAUCGAGAAAGGAUUUGCCCAAGAGAAGUGAAGAAACCCCAUAAAGAUUUUCUCUUGGAUGAACCAUUACACAAACAAAUGCAAGCUGUCUUUGGGAAGAAAACGGUAGACUACAUUCUCAGCUUAUGUCAAGGACACUAUGACUUCCUCCAUCGAAUUCCUGACCAUUUGAUCAUACACAUCCUGUCAUUUCUUAAUACAGAGGAUAUAAGGCAAUUGUCAAAAACAUGUAAAAGGUUUCGGCAGCUAUGCAAUACUGAAGAAUUUUGGGAACGAAGAAAAAGAGUGCAAGAUAAAUACACUCUUGAUAUACAAACUGUCAAGGUUUCAGCUUACAAGAAGCCAACUAAUUUCAGACAAAGACCAGGCUUUUUGCCACGGAUGCAAAGAAGGCAGACCACAUUCUUCUGAAAAUGAUUGCAGAUUAUCUUCCAAGACUCCUGCAUUCCACUUCUGCUAAAAUCAUCUAGGUACAAAAACUGUCUUCAGAGGCAAGACUUGCUAUUUCAAAAGUUCACCAAGCUGGUACACAGGAAUGAAAAAGCCUGUACCCAGUGGUGCAUGUAACAAUAUACAGAAGACAAAGCCAAAGCUACAAAGUGACAUCGUAAAAUCUUAUUCAUAAUGAAGAAC